AUGGCGGCUAAAUCCGACGGAGCUCCGGUCUCUCCACGAGACGAAGCCCCACCCGAGCGUCCCCCCCGGGCCGGGGCCGGGGGGCAGCGGUACACCCUGCGGGACUUCUGCUGGACGCUGUGCGCCCUCCUGGUCUUCUUCUCGGACGGGGCCUCGGACUUGUGGCUGGCCGCCGACUACUACCUCCGGCGGGAGUUCUGGUGUUUCGCCCUGACCCUGGUCUUCGUGGUGGUCCCGUCCGUGGUGGUGCAGGUGCUCAGCUUCCGGUGGUUCGCCUUCGACUUCUCGGAGACCGUGGAGAGCGGCACGGUGGCGGCCGCGGUGGUGGCGGCCGCGUCCGGAGCGGAGGAGGCCGACUUCAGCACCAAGGACAGCGGCGAGUGGGGCGCUGGCCGGGCGGGCUCCGGGGGGGGAGUCCGGGGCUGCUGCAGAGCCUUCGUGUGGUUCUUCCAGGCCCUGGUUCACGUCUUGCAGCUGGCGCAGGUCUGGAGGUAUGUCCACGCCUUGUACUUGGGGGUGCAGAGCCGCUGGCAUGGAGACCCCGAGCGCCGUUACUUCUACCGCCGCAUGAUGUUUGAGAAUGCAGAUAUCAGCAUGCUGCGUCUGCUCGAGUCCUUUCUGAAGAGCGCUCCUCAGCUGGUGCUGCAGCUCAGCAUCAUGAUCCACACCGGCCAGGUGCUGCCCCUUCAGGGGCUUUCAGCUUCUGCCUCACUGAUAUCCCUCGCCUGGAUGAUCUCCUCCUAUCAGAAAGUCCUGAGAGACUCUCGGGACGAUAAGCUACCCAUGACCUACAAAGCUGUCAUAGUUCAGAUUCUGUGGCACUUGUUCACCAUCGGUGCUCGCACGCUGGCAUUUGCCCUGUUUGCCUCCGUGUUCCAGCUUUACUUUGGCAUCUUUAUCGUGUCCCACUGGUGCAUCAUGACCUUCUGGAUCAUCCAGGGCGAGACGGACUUCUGCAUGUCCAAAUGGGAGGAGAUCAUCUACAACAUGAUGGUGGGCAUCGUGUAUGUUUUCUGCUGGUUCUCUGUCAGAGAGGGGCGCACUCGCUACAGGAUGCUCAUCUACAGCCUGACGGUGUUCGUUGAGAACGUGGCGCUCACCACUGCCUGGUAUGUGUACCGGGGCACCGCUGACCGCCACAGUAACGCCGACUUCUACGCCGUCGUCCUGGUGUGUGUGGUGGCCAGCAGCUACGCUCUGGGCACCUUCUUUAUGUUUGUGUACUACUGCCUACUGCACCCUGACGGCGCAAUCUCAGGGUGGGCGUAUAUCGUGGAGAAGGAGGUGCCCGUGGAGUCGCUGGCUUCCCCGGCAUCCAGCCUUCCUCCUGAUCUGGUGAGCAGCCCCCCCAGGACCCUUCAGAGAACUAAAGGCUUGGACAGGGAGUCCGGGGUAGAUGGGGACGUGUUUAAGGUGCGGCCUCCCAGGGGAGCGAAACCCCCAGUGCCUGCCCUCAAACCCAGGACAGAGGGGCCUGUCAUCCGGAUAGAUUUACCCAGGAAGAAAUACCCGGCGUGGGACGCCCACUUCAUCGACCGCCGGCUGCGUAAAACCAUCCUGGUGCUGGAGAGCGCUGCUCCAGUUACGCCGAGGAUUCAGUACCGCUGCCUGAGCACAGCCAAAGAAGUGAUGGAGUACGAAACCACCGUGUGACAGGCUGCACGUGCACACAGCUGGGUGCCGCGCACGCAGCCUGCCUUAGAGCCGGCAGGGGGACGGUUCUCACCGCGCCGUCUGCUUCAGCCCUUUAUGUGAGCGGUCAGGUGACGGGAUGGGCGGAGCUAUGAGUCUUUACGUUCUACGAAGAAGAGAUCCUGUGGCGUUGUGACGGUGCAUACUUUGGUUUCUGUAUUAAUUCUCAGGUCAUGAUGAGGCACAGGAGGUGAACCUUGAAGCACAG